AUGGCUCUCGCCAUGAGCCUCACCGUCGCCAUCGUCGCCUUUGCAGUAGUUUCGCCGCUUCCCCUUCUGCCCCGGACCCGUGCGGUUAAGGUCGCAAAAUCUGAAUGGCCGAUUCUCCAGGAGCUGAAGAAUGAGUGGGGUGCGUUCACAGGCAGUGACACGUGGUUACCUAACAGCGACUGUGCCACCAUAUCGGGCGUUUUCUGCAAUCAAGAAGGCUCUGUCAUUAAAUUGUCCCUGCCCGGCCGGGGUCUCACAGGCAGCAUACCCACCAGCAUCGUCACCCUGAGAAUGGGCCGCAUCAAUCUGAGCGACAACCGGCUGACAGGGCCCAUCCCACCAACUCUCUUCAACGAGGAUGUUAAUGUUGAAUUGAUAGGAGGAGGAGGAGUGAAGGAAGUAGGGGAAGGAAAGCGACUGGAGAUGCGACGGGGCGGUGUGUGUAAAUGGGGCAAUAUUGUGCUGAGCAGUGAGUGUGCGUGCGUGCAUUACACUCUGAGCUGA